AUGAAGCCUGGGGAGAGCUGUUAUAUAUGCAAGGCACCUGACCAUAGUGCCAAGGACUGCCCAACAAAAUCUGAGUGGGAAAAGAACAAGAGUGGCCACAGUCUCAAGAACUGCCGAAAUAAGAAUGAAGAAUCCUUUGAAAAGAAAUCGUGUUGUAAUUGUGGAGAAACUAGUCAUUCUCUGGAUAAAUGCCCACAACCUCUUCAAGAUGUACCACCUGCAUACUAUUCACAUCUGGCUGCAUUUCGUGCUCGUUUCUAUAUGGAGCCUGAUACAUCCGAUAGUGGGUCAAUGACCAGUGGUGCAGCUGGUGGCCGUGGAGCAGGUGGUAGUGCUAGAAGUGCAAGGGUUGCAGGAGCCAAUGCUGCUGUGAGACCUCUACCGCAGCUCAGGGAAAACGUGAAAAGGGUAAAGUUUUAUUGUUGA